UGGCGGCGGCGUGACGUAAAAAAGGGGGAGGGGGGGCGACACCACAACACCAUGGCUCGUCCUGAAGAACUAAAAGAGUUUGUGGAACAAUGGAAACAAGAGAUACACAGCUCCAACCACAAGGAAGCAGCAGGGCCAAGCGGUCAAGGUCAAAAUAUUCGUGUGCAAAGAACUCAGGGUUUCAGCUCUGUCGGUUCGAGGUGGGAGGGGGGCGCCGGCUCAUCCAAACAACAACAACAACAACAAGAAAGUUUGACUGAAAAGUCGCCUCCGGAUCGACUGUCGCGGCCGCCUUCGUGCAAUCAGGACGCUUCAAACCAGCAUUACCCUCCGUUCGCCCUUGCCGACCAGUUGUUACAGGGCGAGACAGCGGAGAGUCUGUUGUCAGGGCGGCAUGUUGUGAAGAGGCUCCGGACAGACGCCUGUGCCGGGCCGGUGUCGCCAGGAGAGGCGCCCGAACCUCGGGGGAACCAGCACUCCUUACUGGAGCAAUUGAUCUCCGAUCUGGAUGAAAUCAACGAGAUCCCGUUCUUCGAGGUCAGUCUUCCCAGGGAGCUCGCUCUGCAGAUCUUCCAACACCUCAGCAUGGAGGACUUAUGCAGGUGUGCACAGGUGAGUUCCAGUUGGAGAAGUCUGGCCGAUGAUGAGGUUUUGUGGCAGAAGGUGGGGAGGAGUCUCGGGUGUGACCUCAGUGCAGGAGGUCAAAAGUGUAAGGAGGUCGUCAAAACGCACAUCGAGACAGACAGGAGGGUCACAAGCAACUGGAAGAGCCGUGUGGGACAGAUUGACUACCUGGAGUGCGCCAUCGGAGGGUUCCUGUCUGCUGUCAGCUCCUGUGGGACCCACAUCGUGGCGGGGUUCUCAGAAGGCAUAGUCCGGCUGUGGGACGUCCUCGCAGACGAGAACACGCCCAGCGUCCUGCUAGAGUCUAUCCAGGAGCAGGCCGUCAGUAACGUGUCCGUCAACGGCACCGUCACAGUCGCGUCUUUCGGGAACGGUGAUGUGAGCAUCUGGAGUACUGAACAUGGAGGCACCCCCCUGCACCACUUCACCCUGGACCAGGGGGGCCCCCCUCAGAUCUGCACCUGUCCAGGGGGGGCCGUGGUGGCCUGUGCUCGAGGCUCGGUGGUCAGGGUGGACUCUCCGGACGCUGUGGGGGUCUGGCACUGUCGACAGAACUUCAGCUGUGACAAAAAGGUGUCACACCUGACUCUGGUUCAGAAGGGAGGGCUGCCAAAUAAGGCGCUGUCUGACCACCUGGUUGUCAUGGCAACAGACUAUGACGUGUACGCGUACCGCCCUCACCGCCCGCCGGAGGAGCGACGCCGGUUUCACUCCAUGUACGGCGCCGUGGUGGCGAGUCUGGACGCCACGGCUGAGCAGGCUGCAGUCGCCUCAACAUGCUUCGGCGUCUCCUUGGAGGACGUCUUCAAGGUGCAGUGCUACUGCCUGGACACGGGGAAACAGCUGACCAGCCUGCGGGGUCACCGAGGUCAGGUCACCUGCAUGGACCUGCGGAACAGUCCACCCAACAUGCUGGUCACGGGGGCCGAGGAUAAAAGGGUUCGAGUGUUUGACCUGCGGACGCCCCGGCCGGUGCUGAACCAGUACUCCCACCCACUGGGCGUGUCGUGUGUGCAGAUGGACGACUGGAAGGUGGUUAGCGGAGGACGGGAGGGCGCGCUGUGUGUCUGGGACCUGCGCAUGCAGAACAAGCUCUGGGAGAUGAAGCCCAGUAAAGUCCACCCGAUCCAGUACUGCCGGUUCGGAGGCCCCCACCUCAUUGCCGCGUGUUACCCGACACCCUCCUGCAGUAGGGAGGACCUGAUGGACCAGUACAGGCACCAGCCAGAUGUCAAAGGUCGGAUCAACGUGUACGAUUUCUCGGUGGACCAGACGACUCAAGACGUCCCCGACAUCUGCAAAGCCGACUACGACGAACCCGAGGGGUACAACUACAACAUCAGCCUCGCCAUGCCGUAUGACGCAGUCUGACAGCUGUCAAUCACAGCCUCGCCAUGCCGUACGACGUGGUCUGACAGCUGUCAAUCAUAGCACAGUCUGACAGCUGUCAAUCAAUCAUAACCUCGCCAUGCCGACUACGACGACCCCGAGGGGUACAACUACAACAUCAGCCUCGCCAUGCCGUAUGACACGGUCUGACAGCUGUCAAUCACAGCCUCGCCAUGCCGUACGACACGGUCUGACAGCUGUCAAUCAUAGCACAGUCUGACAGCAGUCAU